CGUCCCGAUUGGUUCCGUUAUCUUCUCCCCCUUUCGCUGCUUCCUCCUCCUCCCUCGCUCUCUCUCUCUGUCUCUCUUAAGAUAACACGAAUCGUGGCCCCUCCCCAUCUCUCCUCCAUUCUCUCUUCUUAGACGCGUCGCCUGCUUCCCGUUAGGGCUUUGGGCGAUCGAUGGAUUCCUCGGCCGGAAAGAUGAAGCCGAGGGAGACAUGCGAGCUCUGCGGCGGCGCCGCGGCGGUCCACUGCGAGGCUGACGCGGCGUCGCUCUGCUGGGACUGCGACGCUCGCGUCCACGGCGCCAAUUUCCUUGUCGCUCGCCACCUCCGCCGUAUCGCCUGCGCUGGAUGCCACUCCCUGGACGACGAUCGGGUCAUCUCCGGCGCCGGAUCCCCCCCGGUCCGCUCGAUCUGCCGCUCCUGCGGCCCCGACGGAUCCGAGCUGUCCUCCUCCGCGUCGUCGCCGGUGACGUCCUGCGUCUCGACCGCCGAGUCGAAGGAGUCGCAGGAGGAGGGGGCCACCACCUCGAGAGUCGGAUGCGGCGGAGACCGGCGGUGGGCGCGAAGGCGACGAUCGUGUCGGUAAACUGGCGCGCGAGUGCAGUCGUCGAGGUGGCAGUGCACGUGCCGGGGGGUGUGCGAAACUAGAGUGGCGGAUUUGCCCUCUUCGGGUUUCGACGCGACGCCGUGUCAGGGAAGCGGUGGCUGAGAGGGCCCGACCCGUGUUCCGUUGCAUGGUCGAGGGUACACACUACAUGAUUCGGACAAAUAACUCUACGCUGUUGCCACGAUCACACGUUUGAGCGAGAGGAAAGAGGGAAUGAGUGGAAAACCUAACCACAUGUCGGAUUUGAGGACGGCUGCGGCCCAUCCGCUGGCCUCAGGCACCGGGGAGGGCCACAUGAUCGCGGCUGCCGACGCCAGGGCGAUCCAGGGGUACGGGCACGAUAAGGAUAGUGGUGGCGGUUGCGACGGUAUGGAAGAGGCCGUCGACGGGGAGGGAGUGGAGGGCGACGCGCCAGCCGAUCAUGGCGAUUUGGGGAAUCCACACGCUUUGGUUGUGCCUCCGGUUGCUAGCAAUCAGCUCACCCUCUCGUUCCAUAGGGAGGUCUACGUGUUCGAUUCAGUCUCCCCUGAAAAGGUUCAAGCUGUGCUUUUGUUAUUGGGAGGACGUGAAAUUGCCACUAGCACGGCUUCGAUUGAAUCAGCUACCAACCCACUGGAUAAGCGAUCGAACUUCCCACACAGAGUUGCUUCACUGAUGAGGUUUAAAGAGAAGAGGAAAGAGCGCAAUUUUGACAAAAAGAUACGGUACGCUGUUCGGAAAGAAGUUGCUCUCAGGAUGCAGCGGAACAGGGGUCAGUUUACAACUUCAAAAUCAAAUCCUGACGUUGCAACUUUGGGUGCCACAAAUUGUGAGGGAACCCAAUGUUGGGGUACAAUUGAAGGUCGACCACCAUCAGCUGCUCUUUGCCAUCACUGUGGCAUCAACUCAAAAUCUACACCAAUGAUGCGUCGUGGACCUGAUGGACCAAGGACCCUAUGCAAUGCUUGUGGACUUAUGUGGGCAAAUAAGGGUACAUUGAGGGACCUCUCUAAAAAUCCAUCAUUGCUAACACAAAGUGACCCUUUAGAAGGAAGUGAAAUGAAUGGAGCCUCUGCACCUGUAGCUGAGGAACUGCUGCCACAUGCUAAUGCUGCCAAUGACCAUCACUCAUCAUCCUUAUAAGAAAAAUCCUGGUUGGAAAGAUAAAUAAUAAUAGGGGAACUCUGUACUUUUUUGUGAUCUUAGAAAGUACCAUACUUUUGCCUGUAUUAUAGCUUCUGAUGUUGUUUAUCUCAUGUUGAUGAUUAAGGAAAAAUUGACAUUUGUUAUGUGCUCA